AUGAUGGAAUCUAGAACGAUUAUUGUGCGUUUUAGACACACUGGUGAACAUUUUUAUGUUCCAGUGUUAUCAACGACUACGAUCAAAGAUAUUAUUAAAUAUGUAUGCGAAAAAAGUAUAAUUCAAGGGGAAAUCGAUUACAAUGAUUAUUAUCUCGUUUUGUUAAACAAGGAAGAUGUGUUGGAUGAUGACAAAACAUUUGAAGAAAUUACAUCACAUGGAAUUGAAAAUCCCGACUAUCAAGUGUGCAUGAAAACAUCGAAACUUGGGGAAAUUGUGGAUCUUUUUCGAACAUUUCUCCUCACAGUUCCACCAAGAAGAAUCGUUCAGCCACAAAUACUACCUGAUGAUACGGAGUCUAGCGCAGAAACAGAAAAUAAUAAGAAUUUGAUGUCAUCUAUCGCCGAAGAAGGUAUCACAAAUCAACCAAUUAACGAUUUAUCUCUAUCGCAAGUCGAUAUAGAAAUAAACGCAAACGCAAAAACACCUUCAAACAUUUCUGUUCUACUACAAAAUAAUGCCACCGGCGAGGUAUCACAAAGAGAUGCUAUAGUUAAUACUGAAUCGAAAAACUUUUGUGGUCUUCCUUCAAACAAAGAUGAAGAUUCAAAAGCCACCACUUCUACAAGCUCAGAAUCAAACAUAAACAAUCCGUAUUCGAUGGUGUCCUCGUGUGUUCAACCUAAACAAGAAGAAUCAACGUUUUCGACAGCCCAAGCCGAAUCAAGUAGUGACGCUUCAUCUUCAACUCGUCCAGAAAAAUUAGCUAACACUUAUCAACAUUUUACAACGAAGGUUAGUGAAAUUGGUGCAAAAAAGACUCGCGAUCCUAUGCCAAUUCACACUAUUAUUGAAACAUUCAAUCAGAUAAAUAUUCUAAUAUGCGGCGCAUCACGAGUUGGGAAGAGUACUCUUAUCAAUGCCAUAUGUGAAAAACAAUUAGCAAAGACAAGUGCUAGACUUCAUGCCUGUACGGACAAAAUCUCUCCCUAUUUCCUUAAGGGUACGGUUGAAAUUGACUCUGGAACGAUAAACUAUCAAUAUCAUUUUUGGGACACUCCGGGCAUUGAAACAUGGAGUUCAGAAGAGAUUCGUAAAACCUUAGAAGGUAUCAAGCAAAAACCGAAAUCCGAUAUACUAUGUAUGCUCUAUUGUGCAUCACCCGGUUCGUACGCAAAACUUGAACAAGUAGACCGGUUAGUACAAGAAUGUAUGGAUCAACAUAUAUUUUGCGCACUUGUAUGUACAAACAAAUGCUCAGGAAGUGACAAACAAUUCAAGGGUGUAAUGGGCGAUUUUGAACAGUUACUGAAGAAACAUCACGACAAAUCCCGAGAAGAAAAUGGUGUUAUGUUUUUUGGAAAUAUGGGAUUGUGCACAGCAGUUAAUAGCGAAAGAUUUGUGAAUUCACGCCAAAACGCAAUAACUGAGCCAUCGGGUAUUGACGAACUUAUUUUAGGCAUUAUGGAAUCACUUGAUGAUGAAAAAUUAGUGCAGUGGUGUAUGCUAGCGCUUAAGAACAAAAAUUUCUGGAAAAAUUUGUCUAAUUAUCCGAUAACGUUGAAAACAGCUUGGAACAAACUACUUCAUAAAAAAUAA